CGUCACGCUGCACCCGGAAGUAGUUUCUGCACAUUGCUUUGAAUGAAAUCCGGCUGAUUCACUGCGGCAGCCGGUAGGAGAAGUUUGUUUCGGUCGGAAAGAUUUUGCUCAGCGUUGUAUUGUAAGUCAUCCUGUUUGCCUACCAGACCCCAGAGUGAAAAUACCUGUGUGAGCUGAUUCAGGGGAACAGCAAAGUCAAGUAUCAUUUGGAAUGAGAAGGAAUAUGGAUCGACUGCUGAGGCUUGGGGGUGGUAUGCCUGGACUUGGUCAGGGCCCUCCUACCGAUGCUCCUGCAGUAGACACUGCUGAACAGGUGUAUAUUUCCUCUCUGGCUUUGCUUAAGAUGUUAAAGCAUGGACGGGCUGGUGUCCCCAUGGAAGUGAUGGGACUGAUGCUAGGGGAGUUUGUGGAUGAUUACACAGUCAGAGUUAUUGAUGUGUUUGCCAUGCCUCAGUCUGGAACCGGUGUUAGUGUGGAGGCAGUGGAUCCCGUGUUUCAAGCAAAAAUGUUGGACAUGUUGAAACAGACUGGAAGGCCCGAGAUGGUGGUGGGUUGGUACCACAGUCACCCCGGCUUCGGUUGCUGGCUUUCCGGUGUCGAUAUCAACACCCAACAGAGCUUUGAAGCCUUAUCGGAAAGAGCUGUAGCAGUGGUGGUGGAUCCUAUUCAGAGUGUAAAGGGAAAGGUUGUUAUAGAUGCCUUCCGAUUAAUCAAUGCCAACAUGAUGGUUCUGGGACAUGAACCAAGGCAAACCACUUCAAAUCUUGGCCACUUAAACAAACCAUCUAUACAGGCAUUAAUUCAUGGUCUGAACAGACAUUACUACUCUAUAACAAUCAACUACAGAAAGAAUGAACUGGAACAGAAAAUGCUGUUGAAUUUACACAAGAAGAGUUGGAUGGAGGGUCUGACACUUCAGAAUUACAGUGAGCAUUGUAAACUCAAUGAGACCGUGGUAAAAGAAAUGUUGGAGCUGGCAAAGAACUACAACAAGGCUGUAGAGGAAGAGGACAAGAUGACCCCCGAGCAGCUUGCUAUAAAGAAUGUUGGGAAACAGGAUCCCAAGCGUCACUUGGAAGAACACGUGGAUGUUUUGAUGACCUCUAAUAUUGUCCAGUGUUUAGCAGCCAUGUUGGACACAGUUGUAUUUAAAUAGCGGGUGAUUUCCGGAUGUGUGUGUCCGUUGGUCUGUGACCAGAAUAUGUAUGGAAGCAGCAGACACUAUUAUGGACUGUUUUUUUUAUUUUUCACAAUACUCUGUAUAAAUCGCAACAAGCGCAAUUCAUACGUUUCCUUUUCUUUUCUUUUUGUUCUCUUCUGUUUUUAAACAUUGAAAUACUGAAAAUAUAUGUAUUUUGGGGAAAUGCUGUUCAUGAGAUAAAAAAAAAAUGUUGCUGUAAUAAAUAUUACUGCUGUCAUUGGAGACUGUGUAUCAGCUAUACAAGAAAAAGGCGGCGGCACACCUUGCCUCUAGUGCAUUAUCAUAAAACUCUUUUAUUGAAUGAAACCGAAAUCCAUUGUACUCACAAAGGUGCAUGAUAGAGUGCAUAUAACAUAAUUCAGUCCCAACACUGAAAACGUGUCCAUCCACCGGAGCAUAGCUUGCGCGUUUCAAGGGCUAUGCCCUCUUCAGAGCUGACCAGAACCCCAUUGAUACAAACUAUAGUUAUAACUAUUGUCCAAAGUACAAGAGCCCACCACUAAGGGCACUUCAUAAACAUCAACCCCUGCAGGGCAGCAGUCAGACUCAAAUUCCCCUAAAUAAAUCAUAUAGCAGUAUAACAAGGCAGUGAGCACAAACCAUCCAGCACAUAAAGUGAAAAAUUAAACAAUGCCACAGGACGUAGCAUAAAAACUCUUGAACUAUAACAAUAGUAUGUGUGUAUCUGCAGUCCCGUGACAACCUGUUGGGUCCAUUCAUUGUCUGAUCUUGCAUUGAAAAAUGAUAGCCUGGAGCUGGUUGCCAUGGAAAACACGCUUUAGAAUCAGUUACUUUCCUACACAAAGCCCACUGGGGUUUUGUAGAUCAGCCCAGUUGUGGAAAUCUCAUUGGUUCUGUUUUAUUUAUCUAUCUAAGGGAAGGACUGUCUGAUACUCAGAUUCAUAUGUCACAAUGGCCCCUUUAGAUUGAAAUCUCAACUCCAUCUUAUGAUGCACGUUACAUAGUUUAGGCCCAAAUGACCUGUGUCCCUCACUAAGAAGUAUGGCCGCUGGAUGUGCUGUAUAAACGGUAUGUGGCUGAGGCUAAAGCUAGCAUAUCGCACCGUGUUCCGGAUUCCAGACGAGAUUUCCGGUCUCAUACCCGGAACACAUUGGAGUCCAUCUGAUUGGCGCUGAGCCAUUCCGAGAGAGGAAUGUAUUCUAGCAAUGAAUACAAAGAUUCCUCUGGCUGAGACAGAGGUUUUGACACCAGCCUGCCUCUGACUCAGCCAAUCAGAGAAAGCUUCGUAUUCACUGCUAUAGAAUACAUUGCUUUCUCGGAAUUGCUCGACGUCAAUCAGAUAGACUAAGGUGUUCUGGUUAUGAGAUAGGAAGUCUCGGAUGGAGCCCGGAACAUAUGCUGUAUUUAGCCUCCUCUACGUACAGUUUAUGCAGCACAUCCAGUGGCCUCACAUGUUGGUGAGGGACAUCGUUUGUUUGGGCAAGCUGGCUUGAACAAACUUUGUAAAGUGUAUGAAAAGCUGGAGUUCAACUUUAAACCUGAGAGAGAAGCUGGUUUAUGUAAUAGAGCUGUAAUAAAAUGUACCUUGUUCAGGAGGUCAUCACAAAGGCAGAAUCUAGCGAUCAAAAGGCUUUUAGUGGUGAGCAAGAUUUUCAGACAUGUAGCUGAUUUCCUCUCUAAAAAUCCUACUGAAGAAAACUACAAACUGCCUUUAUGUUGCUCACUGUUGGUACCCUAAGGGAGGUCAUACACUACCCAGUGACCAUAAUAUUGCAACUUUUAAUGACUGGACAUUACUGACGGUUUACAGAAAGGCAAUAUAGAGGAUCAGAAGUUCCUGAAAUUUCCAGUAAAGAUUGCUAAUCUGCAUAAAACCAAUCAUUGACCAUUCCUUUUUCUAUGGAGAGAAAGGCGCAAGCCAUGUAAAGCACACAUUGCAGUUUUUUAUCAAAUGGGUCACGCUGAAAGAUUACACGGAUUCCCUUAACACAUGCUAACCUUCGAGGCCCAUCAUUCUUUGCAAAAGAUAUUCUCAUGCAUGGUGAUCUGUAGCUUUAAUAAAAAAAAAAGCAAAACAACUCUGAGAUGCCCCAAAUGAGACCCUACAUUCAGAGUCGCAUUUUAGUUCUGGGACAGAGGAAAUUAACCUUUCCAGCUUCACUCCACUUUGUGGCUGGUGCAGAAUUCGCUUUUAUUCUCGGAGUUGGAGAAUUGCAGCUUCAGGUGAAACUUCUCAAACAGAUGUAUUUCUCUUUGACAGAUUCCCUUUCAAAGAGCAUAUUGCAUAUCCUGUGGCAGUGACGGAGUUAAUGUAUUCUUCAAAACACACUAACUGCAGUUUUGAACUGGACUACAGGUGAUUCAAAGACAUCCAAUAACACGAGCUGCUGCUUUAAAGGGGGGACAUCUGGCACUGUGCGACUUGGGAGCAGCACACUAACACCUUUCAGUCUCUGUUGUCCAAUUACUUCUGUCCCUAUAUAUCAUAGACUACAGACAGCAAAGUAGUUUGAGCGUAUAUUAUGUCCAUUUGAUGCUUAAAAGGCAGAAUCAUAUUGCAGGUUUUUGUGUUGCAUUAUAAUAAAAUACAUUUACACUUUU